AUGACGGAUACCUUCUUGGAGUGGGCUCGAAGGCCCUUCUCCGGCUCGCCCUCGAUGAGUCCAGCGCCGAGUCGCUCGGGCACGACGACCAAUCCGACUGGCGCGCGCCCCGGCAGCUCGAGCAGCGACGUCGACCUCCACGCAGAAGACUUUCACGGCGGACACAACUCGGAUGCCUCGAUCGAUACUACGGCAUCUCGUCCUCGCAAUGUCAAUCAUACCAGUCACUUCGCAUGGGUCACUGCGCGCGUCAAUGCAGGCUCCAAGGCGUUUGACAAGGCGAGGCGUUUCUCUAUCGACGCCGUGCCGGAUUUUGUCCACUCGGCACUUUCCUCCAUCACUCCUGGCAGCGCGUCGCAUAGCAACAACAGUUCUCGCCACGACCUCACUGCAGGGAUUGAAUCCUCCGCUGCAAUGGCGUUUACGAUCCGACCUUUCCAUCAUCGCGAGAACACGGGAUUGCAUGCCAUCAAGGAUACGUUCUCUGUCUACAGGCAAAGUCUGCCCGGCUUGCCUCAUCCGCAUCUACCUCAUCUCAAGGGUGUCUCGGUCGAAUCCCUGCCUGGCUCGGGUCUCGUCAGUCGAUUAAUGCAUUCGAGCUCUAAUAUGAACGAUGAAACUUCGAGUAUGGACGAUCAAGGUGCUACUCGGCCUUCCACCCCGACGGCGUUCGGUGGGCUCAAAGGCGAUUUGCUCGUCAUGGGUGGGUACAGGGGAAGCACGCUCAAGGAUGCAAAGACCAAGACGGUAUUGUGAGUGAUGAAUGCGAAUUUACCUACGGCUCGUUACUGCGAGGCUUGACUGAUGAAUUCGAGUUGCUGCACAGAUGGGUAAAUCCGAGAAUUGGAAUGGGGUUCAAAAAGUCGAACUUAUUUAUGGGACUUCGCGACGAGGUGAGCCGUUGGUUGAGGUGCUGAACCUCCACCUAGCGUCACUGACCAUUUGGGCAUGACGAACCAUAGGAUGAGCUUCGAUCGACCGAGACCGUCGUCCCCGGCAAGAUGUUGAUGCGCAUGAGCUUCAUCAACCUCGGCAAAGGACUCGAGACCAAACUCAAACUGCUUGCAGCAACGACGAGAGGCACCGACUCGGCUUUACGGUAUCACAACCAUGGCUACGACUGGCGGCGGAAUCUCGACCUGUCGAGUGCGGAGCUACUGACGAAGCUUGAGCACCUGAAGGCGGAGAGUGCAGCGCGAGGCGAGGGUGUCGAUGGCAAGGGCGAAGGGGCCACGAUCGUGGCCCACUCGAUGGGAGGUCUCGUCACAUUGCAUGCUCUGGCAACGGCGAAGGACCCGAAGAUCAUCAAGCAGAUCAUCUUUGCGGGCACACCAUUCGGGGGCUGCGCCAAUAUUCUGGGACCGCUACGACAGGGCGAUGGGAUUCUCUUCAACAAAGAGAUUGGAUCCCCGGUCACCGUCUUCUCCAUGCGAUCGAGCUUUUACUUGCUCCCGCGAGAUCACCUCUCCUUCGAAACUCCAAUCGGAAAACUGCUACCCAUCGAUUUCUUUGAUGCACAUUCGUGGGCCAAGUACGGCUUGUCGCCCUUGAUGGCCCAGAUCUAUAACACCGACGAUCCAGAACAUUGCGAUCAGCGCUCGCGAGCUCGCGCGGAGGCGCUCGAGGUCGACACAAUGUCGCUUCAUUCGGGUUUGGCAAUGGUGCCGGGAGAAGUCGACGCCAUCUCUCUGUCGCGCGAAGAGGUGGCCCACGAUGUGCACCUCGACUUCGGGGCUUUGGGCACGCAUUCAAACUUUUCGACGCCGAACAGCUCGCGGCAGGGAAGUGUCAAGUCGCCACCGACUUCAGCUUCCAUGUCACCUACCAACUCGAGUGAUCAGUUCUCACCACCCGCUUCCGCAUCCAUGACACCGUCAUCCGUGCCCAUGAUCUCGACUAAUGGCGAUUCGGGCUCCCGAACUCUUGCUGCGGGCGUCUCGGGGAAGAAGAAAGGGGCUCGGGCGACCCCCUUUGAGAUCGACAUGAAUCGAUUACUUCAGUCUGACGCUGACAUCUCUGAAUACCUCGAACGAACGCUCGAACGAGUGAAGAAGGUAAGAUCUUGUGCUGGGCGAAUUUUUUCUCUUCUCCGCCGAUGACUCGCCCUGACCUCCUGAUUUUGGCAGUUCUACCAUGACAUUGAUACGCUCUUCGAUCCCGCCAAAAUCGAUCUAUACCCCAAGAUUGCUCUCAUCACUUCGCGCAAGACCGCCACGGCGCGUGGGAUCGUCGCAGAUUCGUACGACACGAUCGCCUCGACGCCGUACACGCGGCUGCUCUUUGGGGAAGGCGAUGGCAUUGUCACCUACGAAAGCGCUUCGUCGCUUCCUGGUCCGUGGAACGACUUGGUCAAAGGAGUCGUCGAGAGCAGCUUUGGGCAUGUCAGUCUGUUGGUGGACAUUGAUGCGGUUGCUCGUUGCUUUGAAGCCUUGAGCUCGGACAAAUGA